CCGUGUUAGAUAGAGGGUCCUUCUUUCUACUCCGGAUGUUCUAUAUAAACUAUUGGCUCACUUGGAAUUUCAUCUCAGUUGACAUUAAGUUCGCGAUCGUAUCGCAUUUCAUAUUUUUCAAAUGUGUGGUGAUUUUUUUUAAUGGUGAAUGAAAUAUUUGGAUUACGAUAAAAUUUGCUACGAAAACAAAAACGAAGAAACGGAAACAAAAAUUUGGAUUACGAUAAAAGAAAACAAAAACAAACGAAACGAAACCAAAGGAAAAAAAAGGAACAAAACGUAAAAACAAAAACGAACAGAAAAUAAAAGCAGAGACAAAAUUAAAAGACAUAGCAAGAAAAGAAAAGGAAAAUUUUAAAAAAGUAUUUCGUCAAAUGUGUGAAAAAUGAUUUUUAUUUGUAGUUUGUGGUUGAUGAUAUUGUUACCGAUUUUAAUUCACGCGGACGACACUUCGUCAUCGCAUCCAUCAUCAUCGCUUGCAAAUUUUGUUAAAAAUACUUACACGACAACGUCGGCUUUGGAUUGGGUUAGCGACAGUAUUCUCAAUGUUAUCAAUUCAUUAAUACCAAAUGAACAACCUUCUGAUGGUGUUGAAGGUCGAAGGAAGAAAAAAUUUAAAUUAAACAAAUUUGUUUUGCCAUUAUUGAUUGGAUUUCUUCUGAUUAAGUCCAUUCUACUACCGAUUGCACUUAAAUUCUUGGCAGUAUUAAGUGGAAAAGCUGUUGUCUUGAGUUUGAUGAGCCUAAUUCUAGCGGCAAUUGUUGGUUUGAGAGCAGUCGCUCAAAAUCGACUGGAUCAACGAAGUGAUAAUGAUGUUGUGCAACUACCUCUAACUAAAUAUAGACGAAAAGAUUUCGCCGAUUUUCGAGAUCAUUAUGAAGAUGAGGAGCCCUACAGGUAUUACAGAGAGCGACGUCGACGAAAGUGAUUAGCUUUUCCAUAUUAUUUAUUACAAAUGAAUAAAUGUAAUUUUAAAAGUGAAAUUAAUUUUGACCUUUGCAUAUUGUUUUCGAUUUAAUAAACUGAUAAAAUUGUAUACGAAAAUUAUUAGAGAAAAGAGUUAAAUUUUUAUUAAAUUAUGUAGCAGAUGACAUUGGAGGUCAGGAAAAUAAUUUUUGAAAUAUUUGUAAAUUUUUUUUUUGUAAAUGUGGAA